AUGUUCGGGCACCUAGCCCAGAUGGCGGAGAGACAAGGCCAGCUCCACCAGGCGCAGAACGAGGUGCUCACGGACCUGGCCCAGUCCUUGGCCGCCGAUCGGGCCAUGCUCCGGGAGCUCCUCGCCUCCGGCGGACGCGGCGAAGGACCCCGAGGGGCGGGACCCGCCACGCACAUACACGUCCCGAAGAUGUGGGAGGCAGACGACGCGGAAGCCUUCAUCGAGACCUUCCAGGGGGUGGCCGAGUUCUCAGGGUGGCCCCACCCGGAGUGGGCACACCGACUCCUGCCGCUCCUAACAGGAGAGGCGCAGCUUGCGGCCCACAGUCUGCCGGCCGGGGCCCAGCGAGACUACGACGCCAUCACCAGGGCCAUCCGAGACCGGCUGGGCCUCUACCCGGAGGAACAUCGCCGGCGGUUUCGGGCGCUGGCCUUCAGUGAGGGCGACCGACCCUUCGCCUUCGCCCAGCAGCUGAUGGACCAGGCAAGGAGGUGGCUGGUCCCAGACCGGAACACGGCGGAGGACGUGGUGGAGCAGGUGGCCCUGGAGAGGUUCGUGGAGGGGCUGCCGGCUAGGACCUCCGCCUGGGUCCGAUACCACCGGCCCGAGAGUCUCUCCGCCGCGGUCGUCCUGGCGGAGAGCCACCUGCAGCCACCACCAGCGAGCCAGCGACCACCGACACCGAGCCCACGUACCGGUGCGGCUGUCCCACGGCGGGAAAGACCACCAAUCCCGGCACCGAGGGCGAGAUGGGGGGGCGUUCCAGAGCGGGCACAUGAGUCGCCUCCCCCCCCCACUCCACAGACGGGCGCUCAGACGGCAGGGGAGAGGUGUUGGCGGUGCGGGGGCCUGGCCACUUCCGGCGGGAGUGCCCUAUGAUGGAGGUGGGUCAGGUCGUCCGCGUCACCGGUGCCCCGUCUCCUCCCCACGGUCCCGGUGAGGCGUACCGUAUCCCGGUGAGGAUACAGCGGGGUACGCACCAGGCGCUGUUGGACUCGGGCUGCAAGCAGACCAUGAUCCACCAUCGCCUGGUGCGGUCCGAGGCAUUGGUGGAGGCGUCGAGCGUUUCGGUGCGAUGUAUACACGGGGAUGUGCACGAGUAUCCUUUGGUCCCUAUCGAAAUUCGUCGUGGGGGGAAAAAGCAUAGUGUUAAGGCGGCGGUUAGUUCGAGCCUCACACAUCCCUUGAUUCUUGGGUUGGAUUGGGCUGGGUUUCCACAGGCUGUUAGGGGGACUAUGGGGGUGCGGGCACGACCGGUAGGGACAUGUAAGUUGUGUGCUGUGUUCUGCGCCGAGGCGGGGGCGGCCGACGCUGCUCAGGGAUCGGGGGAGGCGGGGGAUCCCAAACCCGAGGUCCCAGCGCCGAGGUUCCUACCGGUGGAGGAUUUCCCCCUCGAGCAGUCUCGUGACGCCACACUGAGCUCAGCCUACGACCAGGUGAUAGCUAUUGAUGGGGGUAAGGUCCGGCCAGACGCAGCACUGACUUACCCACACUUUAUAGUGGUUAGGGAUAGGCUUUAUCGGGUGAGUCGUGACACCCAGAGUGAGGAGGUUAUUACCAUUAUAACCCAAUGGCGGGCCAUUUGGGGUACGAUCAGAGGAGCAUCAGAGGAGAGCAGAGAG